AUGAACAGUAUUGGAGGAACACUUGCAUUUUGGGGCUCUUACCAUAGCGAAGAGACCCCCUUUAAGUUUAUUAUCUUUAUUUAUGCAUUACUUCCUACGUUGUAUGCGAAUUUGAUAAUUUUGAUUGCUUUAAGUAUAGAUAGAUGGUAUGAAAUUUGUUUCAAAGAGAAGAAGAAAAGCAAUGAUGAUUAUGAUGGCAGUGAUGAUAGUGAUAUUAAUGGUAAUGAUGGUAGUAAUAGAGGAUGGAUUAAAUCAUUAGUGUUUCCUUGUGCUUGGACAGGUGCUUGGACUUUAGUUGUUUUUGCUUGGCCACUUGGUGAUUAUUAUAAUUAUGCACAUAUAUUUUUAGGAAAUGAUGAAAUGAUGCAAUUUGCUUCAUUUGCAGGAUUAGGUGGGUUAAACUUUAUUUUAUCAUGGGGAGGAAGUGUGAGCGCGGAUUUUAUCAAGAAAUAUCAAGAAAAUGAUUUGAUUGUUAGAAUUCAAAAACCAUCAUCGCCGUUACCAUCGCCGACACCAGAUAGUUACGAAGAUCACCAAAAUUGUUGGAUAACAACAAUUGAAACCCCCCCUCCAAAUGAAAAUAAUAAUGACGAUAAGCCUCCUUUCACAUUCAAAUUUACAAAGUCGUUAUUGAUCUAUCUUUUGGUAUUAUUUAUGAUUAUUCUAUAUGGAUCAAUAAGAAUUUCGACUUCUUAUAUACCAUUCUAUCAACAAAAUAUUGCAUCAUUUACACCAUCCAACUUAACCAGGGUUGGGUGUGUCAUCAAAGGAAAUGACCCUUUUGAUAAUGAAGAUUACGUUAACAGAACGAUAGAAUUAGCGAGUAAUAACAAUAAACUGAUUUUGUGGUCAGAGAUAACGGGAGUUGUAACAGAACAGAAAGAUUUGGAUGAUUUGAUGGCGAACAUUAAAAAUAUUUCAGUUUCUUACAGCACUAUUAUUGGAUUUACAUUUCUCGAUGGUAUAGAAAAAGACGAAACUUAUAAUAGGUUGAUAGUUGUGACACCAAGUGGAGAAGUGGCAAUUGAUUAUAGUAAAUCUCAUGUAAUACCGAUGCCGACGACAUUUGUAAAAGGAGACAAUCGAUUACAAACUUUUGAAUCAGAUGAUUUUGGAGUGAUAGGAGCGGCUAUUUGUUUUGAUUAUAAUUUUCCUGGCCUGAUUGGUCAGGCAUCUAAGAAAAAUGUUGAUUUUAUGUUGGAUCCUUGUUGGAAUUGGGGUGAGUGA